UCCAACCACUCAAAAACAGCGCUGUUAGUGUUAUCCAUUCAUUCACAAGCGAGUCUUCUUUGAGUCUUUAACAAGAUCCAUACCAUAGUUUCUAUCCCUUAAUCUUCAUAGCUCUUACUUUCCAUCAAAAUUCCAUACUAUUUUCUACAAGUUCCAUACCUUAGUUGCUGGUUUGCUUUAAUAAGAUCAACUGAAGAUGGCUGCAACUAUGAUAGGAGGUGCUUUUCUCCAUGCAACUGUUCAGACCUUAGUUGAGAAACUUACUUCAACUGAGUUUCUUGAUUACAUCAAAAACACAAAUCUGAAUGUAUCACUCUUCAGACAGUUACAAACAACCAUGCUCAAUCUUCAGGCUGUACUAGAUGAUGCAGAGGAGAAGCAGAUCAGCAAUCCCCAUGUCAGACAGUGGCUUGAUAACUUGAAAGAUGCUGUCUUUGAUGCCGAGGACUUGCUCAACGAAAUCAGUUACGAUUCACUGCGAUGCAAGGUGGAGAAUGCACAAGCUCAAAACAAAACUAAUCAGGUGUUGAACUUCCUUUCAUCUCCUUUUAAUAGCUUCUACAAAGAGAUCAAUUCUCAAACGAAGAUCAUGUGUGAAAGGUUGCAAUUGUUUGCACAGAAUAAAGAUGUACUUGGUCUGCAAACUAAAAUUGCUAGAGUAAUUUCUCGUAGAACACCUUCAAGUUCAGUGGUAAAUGAAUCUGAGAUGGUUGGUAUGGAGCGUGACAAAGAGACAAUAAUGAACAUGUUGCUAUCAGGGAUGGGCGGAACCCAUAAUAAGAUAGGUGUUGUUGCAAUUUUGGGCAUGGGAGGUUUAGGAAAAACUACCCUUGCCCAACUUGUUUACAAUGAUUAUAAAGUUCGAUACCAUUUUGAUUUGCAGGCAUGGGCUUGUGUGUCUGAGGAUUUUGAUAUUAUGAGAGUAACCAAGUCUCUCCUUGAAUCGAUCACUUCUAGAACUUGGGAUAACAAUGAUCUUGAUGUCCUUCGAGUUGAGUUAAAAAAAAACUCGAGGGAUAAAAGAUUUUUGUUUGUGUUAGAUGAUAUGUGGAAUGACAAUUAUAGUGAUUGGGAUGAACUUGUAAGUCCCUUCAUUGAUGGAAAGCAUGGAAGCAUGGUGAUUAUAACAACACGCCAACAAAAAGUUGCAGAGGUGGCACGCACAUUUCCUAUACAUAUAUUAGAACCUUUAUCAAAUGAAGAUUGUUGGUAUUUACUUUCAAAGCAUGCAUUGAGAGUUGGUGAGUUUCACCAUAGUACAAACUCAACCCUUGAAGAAAUAGGCAGGAAGAUUGCAAGAAAGUGUGGAGGAUUGCCAAUAGCUGCUAAAACAAUAGGAGGACUUCUAGGUUCAAAGGUAGAUAUAAUAGAGUGGACAACAAUUUUGAAUAGUAAUGUAUGGAACUUACCAAAUGAUAAAAUUCUUCCUGCUUUGCAUUUGAGUUAUCAAUGUCUUCCCUCUCAUUUGAAAAUAUGUUUUGCAUAUUGUUCAAUUUUUCCAAAGGGUCACACACUUGACAGGAAGAAAUUGGUUUUGCUGUGGAUGGCAGAAGGCUUUCUUGAUUAUUCACAUGGGGAGAAAACGAUGGAAGAAUUAGGUGGUGAUUGCUUUGCUGAAUUAUUGUCCAGAUCCUUAAUUCAACAAUCAAAUGAUAAUGGUCGUGGAGAAAAGUUUUUCAUGCAUGACCUUGUCAAUGAUUUGGCUACAGUCGUAUCUGGAAAAAGUUGUUGCAGGUUUGAAUGUGGUGAUAUCUCUGAAAAUGUUCGUCAUGUUUCAUAUAUUCAAGAAGAGUAUGAUAUUGUAACAAAGUUUAAGCCUUUCCACAAUUUGAAAUGCUUGCGAACCUUUCUACCUAUUCACGUUUGGAGGUGCAACAAUUACUUAUCCUUUAAGGUAGUUGAUGAUUUGCUACCAUCACUCAAAAGGUUGCGCGUGUUAUCUCUAUCAAAGUAUAAAAACAUCACCAAGCUACCUGAUGAUACAAUUGGCAAGUUAGUGCAAUUGCGAAAUCUAGAUCUCUCAUUCACUGAAAUUGAAAGCUUGCCUUAUGCAACAUGUAACCUUUACAAUUUGCAGACCUUGAUUUUAUCAAGUUGUGAGGGUCUCACUAAAUUACCAGUACAUAUUGGAAAUUUAGUACAAUUGCAGUAUCUAGAUCUCUCCUUCACUGAAAUCGAAAGCUUGCCUGAUGCAACAUGCAACCUUUACAAUUUGAAGACCUUGAUUUUAUCAAGUUGUGAGAGUCUCACUGAAUUGCCGCUACAUAUUGGAAAUUUAGUCAGUUUACGUCACCUUGAUAUAAGUGAGACUAACAUAAGUAAGUUGCCUAUGGAAAUGCUGAAACUAACAAACCUUCAAACUCUAACCCUUUUUUUAGUGGGUAAGCCCUAUGUAGGGUUAAGUAUCAAAGAGCUAAGUAGAUUCACAAACCUACGGCGAAAACUUGUUAUUAAGAACUUGGAAAAUAUUGUUGAUGCCACAGAGGCAUGUGAUGCCAACCUUAAAAGCAAAGACCAAAUUGAGGAGUUAGAGAUGAUAUGGGGAAAGCAAAGUGAAGAUUCACAAAAAGUGAAAGUAUUGCUCGAUAUGUUGCAACCACCAAUAAAUUUGAAGAGUCUGAAUAUUUGCUUGUAUGGUGGGACAAGCUUUUCGAGUUGGUUAGGAAAUUCUUCGUUUUGUAACUUGGUAUCCCUCGUAAUCACUGAUUGUGAAUAUUGUGUGAUACUUCCACCACUUGGGCAACUACCUUCUCUCAAGGACCUAGAAAUAUUUGGAAUGAAGAUGUUGGAGACAAUUGGCCCGGAGUUCUAUUAUGUCCAGAUUGAAGAAGGCUCUGAAUCUUUCUUCCAACCAUUUCCAUCCCUUGAGCGCAUAAAAUUUAACAACAUGCCAAAUUGGAAUCAAUGGCUUCCCUUUGAAGGAAUAAAUUUUGUUUUUCCUCGACUUAGAACUAUGGAGUUAGAUGAUUGUCCUGAACUAAAGGGGCAUUUUCCUAGCGACCUUCCUUGCAUAGAAGAAAUUAUGAUAAAAGGUUGUGCGAAUCUAUUGGAAACACCACCUACUUUGGAUUGGUUGCCGUCAGUAAAAAAAAUUAAUAUCAAUGGUCUUGGGAGUGAUGCUUCAAGUAUGAUGUUCCCUUUUUACUCUCUUCAAAAGUUGACCAUAGACGGUUUUUCAUCUCCGAUGUCUUUCCCAAUAGGCGGUCUUCCAAACACCUUGAAAUUUCUCAUAAUCAGUAACUGUGAGAAUCUAGAGUUCCUUCCUCAUGAAUACUUGGACAAUUCCACAUAUCUUGAGGAAUUAACAAUAUCUUAUAGCUGUAAUUCAAUGAUAUCAUUUACCUUGGGAUCUCUCCCUAUCCUCAAGAGUAUGUUUUUUGAGGGUUGUAAAAAUCUGAAAUCGAUAUCAAUUGCAGAAGACGCGUCAGAGAAGAGUCUCUCAUUUCUUAGAAGCAUUAAAAUAUGGGACUGUAAUGAACUUGAAUCAUUUCCCUCAGGUGGAUUGGCUACUCCAAACCUUGUUUAUAUUGCAUUGUGGAAGUGUGAGAAGCUUCAUUCACUGCCAGAAGCAAUGACCGAUCUUACUGGCCUUAAAGAAAUGGAAAUUGAUAAUCUACCAAAUGUUCAAUCUUUUGUCAUAGAUGAUUUGCCUAGCAGUUUACAGGAACUGACUGUUGGCUCUGUUGGAGGGAUUAUGUGGAAAACUGAGCCAACUUGGGAACAUCUCACUUGUCUUUCAGUGUUGCGAAUAAGCGGUAAUGAUAUGGUGAACUCGCUAAUGGCGUCAUUGCUACCUGCAUCUCUUCUGAGACUACGCGUUUGUGGUCUUACUGAUACAAACUUGGAUGGGAAGUGGUUUUUACAUCUCAGUUCUCUCCGAAACCUUGAGAUUGUUAACGCUCCCAAACUCGAGUCGUUGCCAAAUGAAGGAUUGCCUACCUCUAUUUCUGUACUAAGUUUAACUCGCUGUCCAUUACUUGAAGCAGGGUUGCAGAGCAAGCAAGAGUGGCGUAAGAUUCUUCACAUACCUGCCAUAAUUAUUGAUGACAAAUUAAUCACAUGAGUUUCAUAUCUUGAUCGACCAAGGGCAUCAAGUGAGAUUGAUGGCUUGCAACAAGAUGGCAGCAGUGGAAUCUAAGGAGUGUGGGGUUCGUAGAUUUGUAUUGGCUGCAUUUUGUUAAAACAAGAGUUCUAACAAGAUGUCGGACAAGAUGUCUUGACAUGUUGGUGCGACAUCAUAGCGUGUCUUGUUUUGCUUUCUUGGAGACUGUAUUUUAAACGUGAGAUUCAUGAAGAUUCUCUGAAGAUUUGAUUCAUGUGGAGUUGACCAAGAAGCGUGUGGUUUCUAGAAGCAAUAAUAGGUAGUUUUGCUUUGACGUUUUCUUAAGUGUGAUGUUGUAACAUUUAAGGAAACAAUAUAUUUUCUUCAGAACUUUGUGUUGAAAAUCGUGUGGUUCAGCGGAUUAUUUGGCACGAGUUAUGCACCAAGCUCAUUCUGCACUCAAGCUAUAUAAAGGAAGACUCAAGACCUAAUUCACCAUUGAAGCCGUAGUUCAAAAAGUGUCAUUUUUAGGGUUUUAGUUUGUCCUUGUUAUUUGUGAGCCACUCUUGUAUCACGCGUUGAUGCAUAGAGUUGGACUGUAGUUGAGUUGUAAACUAUGAAUCACUCAAAGCUUCUAAGCACAAGUUGAAUCUCUGUUAGGAGUGUGUCUCCAUCACUGUUGUUAUUAUUGAGUCAAUCAUUGGGACUGUGGUUGAGAGGAAGGGAUAGAGGGAUCUCAUAUCUAGGAGAGUCUUAAAUUGAAGAUAGUUUUUAUGUAUGCUUCAAAUUAAUAUUAUCACAGUGAAUUUCCUUCCUAGCUUGGUAGCCCCUAGAUGUAGGUGACGUUGCACCGAACUGGGUUAACAAACAACUUGUGCAUUUUACUUCCUGCUUUUAUUAUUCACGAUUGUUGUUUGUUA